ACAUAAAUGCUGAUCAAGUUAUCCAAGGAUUAUUGCUACCAAUUUUAGGAUUAAUAUAAAUAAAAAUAAAAAACGAACCAAAAUUAUUUUUUUUCUUAUUCUUCCCGCGCAGCUCCUAUUAUAUUGGCAACGUUGUAAAUGAAGCGCGAGCAGUAGAAUUUCGGUAAUAGAGAUCAAUAAGUAUAUAAUAAUUAUGUUCGUGAAUAGUUUUGUGUAGUGUGUUUUUUUCGUAAAAAAAACGGACAAUAAUAUAUAACAAUGUCAUCUGUAACAAAAAGUGGUUCGAGUCGCAUUCCUACCUUCGGUUCACGUACUACACAACCUGAUUUAAAACCACCGGCCGCCACUGGUACUCAUGGUGUCGUCGGUGAAAUAACUACCAAACAUAUAGGCAACCGUGUACGCAUUGGUGAUAAAGAAGGAAUUCUCCGAUUCGUCGGUGACGUUCAUUUUUCGAAAGGAGUGUGGUGUGGAAUCGAACUAAGUACAUCGGUCGGUAAAAACGAUGGCUUUAUUAACGGAGUUCGGUAUUUCGCUUGUCCCGAUCGCUGCGGGCUGAUGGCGCCACUCGCUAAAGUUUCGCUCAUCAAUAAUACCGAAUCUAUAGAACAUGCCUCAGGACCGUAUUCGAUGCUUUUCUUCGAUGCUCUUUCGAACAGGAGCGCCUUACCGUUAGAAAGAACAGGAAGUCAUGAGGAAUUGAUAACAAGAAAUUUUAAAAAAAGAUACAUUUUUUCAGUAGAAAAUAAAGUUUCUAAUAACUCAAACGUUACAUACAUUAAAGAAGAUUUGGAAACUAAGAAAUGUUUGUCGUUAAAACCAAUUUCAAAUAAACUGAUGGAUAAUAAUAAAAAGAGGACUACUGAUAUUAUAAAAAUAAAAGAAGAGUCAACUGCUGAUAAUACGAAUAUUGAGGAUAAAUCUAACUAUGUUGCAAAAGAUAAAGCUUGCGAAAGUAUUUUAAAAAAUUCUAGUUUAGAAGUUAAAAGACGUAGAACAUCAACUUCUAAAAUUAAAACAAUCGAUUCCAUAGUUUUAAGGAGUCUUAACGAAAAUAUGAAUAAGCCCUCAUCACUGCCACAACUUAAAUGUAUAAAUACACCGAUAAAUUUAGGUAAAUUAAACACUUCGACUUCCGAGCGAACUGAUACAGAAUCCCCUUUAAAACUACUACGAUUAAAGCAAGAUUCUAAUAACGAUGAUGAUAGUAGUAAAAGAGAUUCAUUGGAAUUUGAUGAGUCUUUAGGAAUUUUAACUCCGGAUGAAAUGUGCUCUCAAUUCUUGAAUUCUCAAACACGAUCUCCAAGUUUAGAAUACGACAAAAACACCAAUGAUUAUUCCUCUAAUUCUAGCAAUAAAAAAAUCGAUAUCGACAGUCCGAAAGACGACAGCUUAGGAUUAAUAGACGAAAAAUUAAUAAAUUUAACAAUGCAUAAAUCAAAACUAAUUAAUUUGGACGUACCUCAAAAUAAAGAAAUUAAGGAAGAACUACAAAGUCCAAAUUUAACUGAUUAUAGUCUAGGAAUCAUAGACGAUCAUAUUCUAUCCAAUCUUACAAUGAAAACAGAUACAACUGUUAACAUGGAACUGCCUUUAGACAUUGAAAAAUCUGCUUUAACGCGAAUGGAGCAAACUCCAUCUCCCGAGGAGUUACCCUUGGAUCCUACUCCCAUCGUAGAAUGUGAUCCUAAAACUGAACCCACCAAAUCCAAAGCUUCAAAUAGUUUCAUUAACAGUAUAACUAGCAUUACCAGUUUGGAUACAGGUUAUCAGGGAGAUGGAGAAAUGUCUCGGCCCGCUAGUAGAGGUGCUGAUAAUUCACCUCUAACUCGGCGACCGUUACCUAGACCUCAAACUAGAAGAGCUGAUCCCAUGACAGACUCAGAUUUUUAUACGGAAAGUGAUGCCGACAACCACGAAGAAAAUCAUUUGAGGGGAGAUCGUAAAGCACAAGUUAUCGAUGGUACAUUGUACGGUGUGGAUCCUCAAGCAGCUGCUGAUAUUUAUGUUAAUAACAAAGAAAAUAUGGAUUCAAGUGGAAUAUUCACAGAUAUAGAAACGAACACAAGAAACGAUGACGAUUUCGUAAAUAUUGAAGUACCGGAUAUUUCCCCUUCAGAUACUAGUUCAAAAACUAUAUCUGAAAAUAGUCAAGAUAACGUUCAACGGAUUAUUGACAAAUCUAAAGAAAAGAAAAUAGAAGAAAAACCUGUAUCAAAAAAAGAUAAUUCUAAAAAACGAAAUGCUCCGAGUCCAGGUAUUUCUAGUCCGUCUAGCUUUUCUUCACCAAGGCACGGGGUAAACGAUGACAAUUCUUCUAAGAAAUACAAAAUGCCGAAAAGAGAAAUACCUUCAAAAGUAAGAGCUCUAAUCGAACCAUCAAACGAUCCAGCAAUCGAAAAGAAGAUUAAAAAGCCCGUGGGGAGAUGGGAUGCAGUUAUGAGCAAAAUAUCAAAAAACGAACAGAAUAAAACGAACCUCAAAGAUGUUAAAUCCAAGGUUUUCAAUAGUGUAAAUAUUAAUACAGGCGUGUCCCAAAGGAAAACUAUCUCAAGAAGCCCCGGAAAUCCAAAUAGUAAAUUACAUGUAUGUUCAGCUCCAACGUCAUAUUUGGCUUUUUCAGAAAAGAUCAAAAACGUUACUCCUGCUAUGAAAAUCUCUAGAACGCAGAAGUCAAAAUCAACGUUAAAUGAAAGGAAUGCUCUUCUCAAGAAUCCUACAAAAUCGCCGCAUCUAAAUCGCAGCUCAUCUGCAGUUUAUCAUAAUGUUAAACAAAAUGUAGCUGUGAAAACGAAUCCAACAAACAGUUUGUCUCCAGUCCAAUUGAAUUCGCCACGUACUCCAACGCGGAAUAAUUUGACUGAAAGGCGAAGGAUUCGUAACAGACCCAAUAGUGGUUCUUCUCCAAAAACAAUUGCCGGGAGUCAUUUGGAAAGUAGUAUCCAUAGUUCAUUAAGUGAUGUCAGUGCAGCGACGUUGCCUCCAACGAACAAAUCCAUUGGGUCUGUUAAGAAACGGGCAGAUGUAGUGCAAGUGACACAAGUGUUGACAACCAACAAAGUACCGACAAGGAUACAGCAAUCGACGGCUGCUGAAAAUAAGAAAAAUGCAAUUCAUCAUUCGUCUCCAACCACCAAUACAAAAGCAAGAAGAACAAUUUUUUCUCCAAAAGAGAAGAAACCGUUAAUAAAUAAAGAGUGCGUCAGAGGCACAGUCAAAGGGGGUCGUACGUCACCCACCGUUCGACCCCCUGCCACGAUUAGGGUACCUCCUGUUAAACAACCCCCUGUCGCCGAAGCACUUGCCGUUCUCGUACAACAUCUCGUUUUUAACGUUCAAGCAUUCCAAGUUCCCAUAUUGAAAGGACAAGUGGAAAGAUUUCAUAAAGAAACCGAAGAACUCAAACUAGCAUGUCAACAAUUAGAAGACGCUUUAACGAAAGAAAAAAUUCAACAUACUCUAGCGAUAGAAGUCAUUGAAAAACAUAGAAAUGAGAUUUCAGAACUAAACCAACGCCACGCUGGAUUAGAACAACGUAUUUUAAAAGAAAACGAAAAUGCUCUUCAAGCUUUAUGUAAACAGCAAGAAGAACAACUUGCUACUGUUAAGAAAGAAUUUGAAAAAUUGCAAAGAACACAUGAGGAAUCUCUAGACAUCCUCCGAGAAGAAAAUGAUUCUAUAAGAGAACAAAUCGACGAAAAAAGGAUGGAAGUAGAAAAAGUUAAAUAUGAAAGUAAGAAAUUGAAAGAUGACUACGAAACCAAAGAAAUUUUACUGAAAGAGCACAAUUACAAAUUGAAGCUGCAGCUGACUAAACUCGAAGGAGAAUUCGAACAAAAACUGAAAAGUUUAUCGGAAGAAAAUAAAAGAUUGAGAGAAGAAAAUGACAGAUUAUUGAGCUACGGAGAUGACAAAGGAAUUAGUAUACAGGAAGUACAAUCACUAAGGGCGGUUCUUGAAUUAAAACAAAACGAAGUAGCCGAACUAAGAAAAUCUUUAGCUGAAACGAAUCAAAGGGCAGAAAUGCUUAUAGGUGCUGAAGAAAAAGCGAGGGUACUAAAUGCUAGAUGUGAAGAUCUUCAGCUACAACUUGAAAGGAAAGCUGAUACUGAAAAAUCGCUUAUUCAAGAAAAUCAUAAGCUACAAGAGAGCUUCAAAGAAGAAACAAUUCAAAAAAGACGACUGUCUCAGUACAACGAAGAACUACAAUGGAAAUUGAAACAAAACAAGGAAGUUAUUAAUAAAGUCCUAGAACGAGCUGAAGAGACUGUUUUUAAUCGUUCUAUGAUGAGCUCUAGUUUCAAUGAAAGGCACAACUCGACCCGUUUGAGCUUAGAACGGGCUAUGUCUUUUAGAGAACGCACUUAUACAAAUAGAUCGAAUAAUGGCGAAGAAUUUCGUGGAAGAAAAUCCUUUAACGUUGAAUUCGAAACUGACGAUUUGUCUCCACCAGCUUCACCAAAAGUUAAGGCAAUCGUUGAGAAAUCGGAUUCCGUCAGUUACGUACUGGAAAUGGAUGAAAGUCCGGAGGUUGUGGCCAGUAGAAUUGUUAGAAGGAGUUUCAGAAAUACGACACCUUCGAAAAAUACUCCUACAAAGUCACCAUCCAAUAAAAGACCUCGAAUUCGUAAUCCUCUUAACCAGAGCUCUUCUUCUAGCGCCAUUUUAACUACAAAUAAGAAUGAACUGGAUAGACCAUGUUCAGCAAAUUCCAGAAACGGCGAUUCCGAUAACGAUAUAUUUAUGUGGUCAACGAACGGCAAAUACGAUGAACACCAAGACGAAAGCUACGAAUUGUCAAAUUCCUGCAUGAAACUCGAAGAUCACGACCAUCUCGAUUUAGAUGAAUAUAAUGACGAUGAUUUACGACUUCCUGCAUUGCCAAGUGAACUAGACCGACGAAGCGGUGUUCAAGCGCUCCCAAGUCCGAAGCAUUUGGCAGGCGAAGCCAUGAUUUCAGAAAGUAAUUCUGAGGAUGAGAGUACUAGUUCUUCUCAAUUGUGAGACGAACAUUCUUUUUAAUUUGUUUAUUUCUUAGUUUUUAUACUUUUUUUGAAAAAAUUGCGUAAAUUUAGUAUAUUUGUAUACAUAAAAACUUUAUUUGAUAACCAAUAUUUUUUUAUUGAUGUCUUGCUAUAUUUGUUUUUAUAGUUUUAAUGAUAUGAUAAGUGGUGAUAUUAAUAUGAAAAUCUGAUAAUGUGCAAUAUAAUAUUGACGCUCGACGCUGGAUCAGAGCGUCAAAUGAAAUCACCGGACACAAUUUUGUUGGCGCGACGUCUUAAAUUGAUGCAGCAUCAAAACUAAACAUUGUGUGGCUCUCUUAAUUAUCUGACGUUAGCUUUUAAAAUGGAUUACUAAAUUUUAGAAAACGCGUUUAUUAAUAUUCAAUAACUAAGAAUAUAUAUUUAACACAUGCGGAAUGAACGCGAACUUGACACGAGUUCGUUAGUAAACAUAACCUGAAAAGUGCAUUUAUAUAAAGAAAUUUGAACGGUAUUCAACGAUAUUGAAUUACUUAUUUAUAAUUUAUUAUAUACUUCAAUGUAUGAAAUGUGUUCAAAAAUAUAUACACGGCGUUGGUGGGCGAAACCCCUCAAUUUGAAUAUCUUCAGGCACUUUACUACAACAUAUUUUAGAUUGAACUAAAUAGAUCAAGACGAAUUUCUUGAUCAUAGAUGGAUAUGAUCAACUUUUGAACUUAUUGAGCAGAGAUUUAACAAAACAAAACAAUAAAAAAUUCCGAUUGUCGAUUGGAUCUGGAAGUUAACCACCAGUUUUGUCACGGAAUUUUCAAAUAGGUAAAAUGAUUAACUAUAUCCUAUAUAAAAUUUUAGUUUUCUUGUAUCAAGCGAUGUCAUUUUUAGGGUAUUUGCAACUACAACCUUUACUUGAAAAGUGGGGUUAUGUUUUUGACGUUCAGCGCGUAAAAAGUAUAAAGCUAGCUAACUACAUCAAACAAGUUGAACUGUCUUUGACAUUUAUGAACGUCUAGAACGCGUUCAUUCUGUGUACCGCUAUAUAUUUAUAGGUUAACAGCUUAUUAACAGAGGUUUGUUUUAGUACUCCAGCGUUUUCAAACUUGACGCUGGAUUAAUUUAAGUUGGCGCUCUAGACGAAAUUUGACGCUCUAAUCUAGCGUCGAGUUUAUCUAAAAAGUUUUGACUGAUGUAUUUGAUUAAGUUUAAUUUUGAACACUUUGAGCAACAAUUGAACUAUUUGGCAAAUUUUAUUUUUUAAUAAUAACGGCGGAUUAUCAUAUGUUCAAUAGAUUUUAUAGGUACACUAGGUGUGCAAUCCACUAAGCACUCCCGAUAAUCAUGACGAGAUCUUUCCCGUUCCUCUUAGUCCGGAGCCUUAUAAUCGUAAACCCAAGUGGAAUGGAUUACGAGGCGUUCUGAGCGUUGAUAUAAACAUUGAGGAAUGGCAAAACAAAAUAAAUAAAGCGUAAGCUGUAAGAGGCUAUUUUAUAAUUUGUAAGUCAUUGAAUUUUUUAGUGGAGUGCUGAUUUACAUUAAAGUAAAAUCAAAUUAUCUUCUACGACGAUAGUAAAGUAUUUGGGUGUAACAAAAAUGCUUCGAAACUAUUUAUAAUAUACCUUUCCGCAUCAAGUAAUGGGAUAGAUUUCGCAUGGUUGCACUCUGCGUUGUUUGAUUUUUGAAAAUUCCGCGAAUUCUUUUAACACUCACUUCGACCCACCUUUUGACAAGGGUCGUUGUGAACGUAAGUCAUGACUUCAUGAGUUAUGUUUUUGCCGCGACCACAAUGUCGUAGUCGCUAUGUGGAACGUUCAAAAGAAUAUUUCUGUCACCUUGAACGUUUAGUGGAAUACACCUAAAAAAUAAAAUAGGGGAACUGUUAUUAUCCUAUCAGUUCUAAAAUAUUACGAACCUAUAUCCUAAUUGCUUCAUUGUUGGAGCUUCAAUUUGUGAUUGUGCUCUUUCAGUAGAAUAAGUUUCAAUAUUCUAUCUGGAAAAUUGCGAUAAUGGAACUCAAUACUGACAUUAUCUGGAUAAUGCUCGAAAUUUAUGGUUAUUUGCCACAAGUCUUGAUGAGAUAUUUCUAGGUUAUAUUGAAUGUCUUGAUUUCAAACGUACUAACGAGUGUCUACUGGUCGACCCUGUGUUCAUUCGUAGCGGCGACCGCGUUAAUGAAAGAAGAGGUUUAACGGCUGAUACAUAUGUCGAGGAAAUUUUAGCAAUUCAUUGAGAUGAAUUUACCUUCAUGCAUGACAAUGCAGUCCUGACCUAAAUCUUAUAAAACUCGAUCCCAGAUCUUAUUGUUGCAGAAGAAGAAGAGUGGCUUAUUAUUACACAAGAAACAACAGCCAACUUGAUUAGAUUUAUGCAUAAUCGUAUCAGAGAUGUUAUUAGGGCAAGAGGAGGUCAUACCUAUUAUUAAGAAAUUCAGUGUCAAGUUUUAAAUUGUCAAUAACCAUAUUUAUGUCAAUAAUAAAAAAACCCAAUUCACUUAAUGCAUUAAUUUCACUAUAUUAAAUAUAGGAAGCCGAAAUAAGUUAUAAUAAUAAUAAGGUGUUUCUAUUUAUUUUUUCCGUAAAUGCCCUAUUCUUGUCACUCCUUCCCUUAAUAUGGAUCUUUUCACCUAACUAUCUUCGUCCAUUAUGACAACAUACCCCAUCUCAGCUUGACCAUACAUUCCUUCUUCUUCUCCACUCGUUUUGCUCCUGCAUUCCUUCGAAAAUCCUUUUUAGUAGCUCUUUCUCCCAUAUAUGUUUAUUUUGUUUUCUCCUUCUUUGUUCAUGAUUCCAGAUUCUCUGUCAUACAGAACCGUUGAUUGUAAAUGUGUAACAGAAUGAAAAUUUCAUUUUUUUAAAACUCUCCCACUUGUUCAGUCAAGUAUUUAUUUCUCAUGAUUCUAGCUAGGACUUUGUAUACGACAUCCAAAAAAAUUAUUUCUCUAUAAAUCACGCAGUCUGUCAUUUUAUAUUAUUCAUACCAUUGGUUUGGCAUCUGCGUUUUUUCCCAUAUUUUUUAAUAAAAUUGUAUAUCGUCACAUCCGAUGUGGUGAGUUUUUAUACCUAUGGUACUGGUAUGAAUUAUUGCACCAACACGAUGCACAUAAUUUAAUGGGAUAUGAAAAUUAUUUUAUCAAUGCAUCUAAAUGUCCUUGAUUUUAAGUCUCUUCUGUUUUAAAAUUAAAAUCAAGAACAUUUGGAUGCAUUAAUAUAUCAAAAGGUUUAAGAAAUAAGAAAUUAUUUAGAAAAUUAUUUUAUCUUGAUAACUACAAAAGUUAUUCUGCUUGAAAACAACUUAAUUGUCAAGUAUUUUGUAUUCACUACAUAUUGUAUUUCAUUCGCCAUGUAUUCGAUUAAUGAUCAACUUGUCACCAUAUUAUGGACAAUAAUAAAUUCAGUCGUCCCUACUAUUAUAUUUGGAAUUCCAUAUAUCUCACACUCUUAAUUGUUUUUAAUUGAUGAAAAGAAUUAAUUAUCGAUUAUUUACGAGAAUAAUUUCAAUAAGAGGAAAAUUACUGAUUAGUCUUGUUUUAAAGACACAACAUAAUGUACGUUGAUUGUCGAGUUUUUAUAUGAUACAAAAAUGAAGCAACAAGCAUGGUUUUCAUUUGUGCUUGUUACUCGUCUAAAUGAGAAGUUGUAUUAAAUUGAAAUAUUGUAAAUAAUUCAUAAUACCUUAAGAAACUUUCGUUUCGUUUUGUAUAUUUUAUUCCUUAUAGUCUUAGUAAACUUUUAUUUUGAUUAUAUGAAUGAACACAGUGUGGAACAUAACCUCUAAAAACGGUAUGAUAAUGUAAACACUUUGUAUAUUUCAUAAAAAAAACUAGCAUAUAGAUUUAAAAUGAAUAAAUCCCACAGAAAACACUGAUUUUAUACUAAUUACUACAUUUAUUAUUAGUUACAUGUUAAUCAUUCGUGAACUAAUGUACAUAUAGGUAUUAUAUGAAUUUUGUAGAGACCCUAUAAAUACGAAUGAAUGAGAAAAUAAAGAAGAAUAUUCAAAUUUGAUAAUAAUGAAUGAAUAAGAUGUUUGAGAUCCAAACAACCAUUGUAAUAUUAAUUAAAGGAUGUGUGCUACAAAAUAUAGAAAUAAUUAUUAAUCACGAAAAUUGUGACUGUUCGAUAGACCCUGUUCAUUUAAUUAAAAUAACAUUCAAGGGAUGAAAAUUCGAAUGUGAGUAAUUUGAUGUUUAUUUUCUCACUUGCCAAAUUUUUUGUUUUCGUCCGGGGUCUAAACGAAUCUAAUUAUUACGCGGUACAAUUUUAUUUUAUAGAAUAUUGAAAAAUUGUAAUAAAUGCUCUGAACAAUUUCUUUCGCAAAAAACUGGGUUUAAAAUAGGACAAAAUGGCUGGGUAUAAUUAGUUGUAUUAUAAAUUCAAAAUUUUGAUUCAAUUAAUAAGAAUGGAUUAUUAAUGAAGUGGAAGUGUUGAAGUAAUAUAAAAGAGACUUACCUGUUUCUUACAAUUUUAAUAUAUAAAGUUCAUGUUUAAUAUAGUUAUCAAUGAUUGAUUAGAAAAAAGAAGUAUGUCUAAUUGUCACUAAUGACAUUAAAAAGACGGUACCAGGUCAUGGUAUAAACGUUGAUGUAUACUUCUAUUUAGAUUUUACAUAACCCCAUAGGAAAAAGUCCAUAGUAGUUAAAUCGAGAUUUUGAGGAGGCAAAUUCACGUCACUUCUCCUGUAGAUCAAUUUUUCAAAAAAACUUCCAAGAAUUUGUGACAGAGAUCUAUUGGACGCGUUUGAUUCUAUUUGAACCAUAUUCUUUGGUGAUAACAAUUAGUUUUACACGAAGAAGUCGUCUAAAAUCUGCACAUAACGCUUUGAAUUGACUGUUACUGUACGUUCCCUUUUAUCUUCAAAAAAGUAAUUCCUCGCGCUGACAUCGCAGUCCAUACGAUCACUUUAACCGAUUCUAGGGGUUUCUGAUGUUUGUGUUUUGGAUUGGUUGCCUUCCAGUAGCUUUGUUGACGUGCCAUUUAAGAUGAAAAUGAGCUUCAUUCGAAAACAACAUGCUGGUUUACGAAAUCAAGCAUUCUGUGGCAUACACCCACUGAAUUUUGUGGGGGUGCAGACCCAAAUAUUUGUGUAAAUAACGAAAUACGAAAUAAUGAUGAUCUAUGAACAUUUGAAGCAACAGCACGUUUCCGGUUAGACAAGUUAGAAUAUAUACUAUUCUAGAAGAGCUUGCACAAUUUAAGUGAUGAACUUUGCAGAAUUUUCUAUGCGCUACUAUCUCCGAACUACCGUUUUUGUAAUCCGCUUUUUAACAAUUAAAUUUCCAAGAGCGAGGCUACUAAUUGACAUACCUGUUGACAUAACUGUAUUCACGCAGUAAGCAAUACAUAGCUGAACUUUAUUUUGAUACACCGUCUAUUAAUAACAUUAUUUCUAUCUAUAAAGUCUUUCACACUUAUGCAAGCGUCCAUUUUAUAUUAACGAAAAAGCCUCUUUGGUUUAACAAAUAGAAAUGAGGAAGAGAUGAAUAAAAAUUGUGAUAGUAUAUGUGUGAGUUUGUAUUCGUAUUAGUUGAAACCACGAAUAAAGUGUAUUGUAGUUUUCUAUUAUUCUAUAAAAUAAAACGUUAGUAUGAAGUUUGUCAUAAUGAGAAGAAGUAAUUCGAUAAAACAAAAAUCUGUAAUAUUAUGUGCUAGGCUAUUUUUUCAGUAGGACUGUAAAUACGGUAGCGUUUUUAUUAAUGUAUGCUUUGUUCUUAACGGAGCCAUUUAUUUUUUCUAUCUCUAAUUUUUGUAGGUUGUGAUUCUUAACAUAUAAAAAUAUUCCCCUUAUUCCAGUAUUAAAAAUAAAUGUGUUGGACUAGGUUUAGUACUAUAUAUUUAAUGGGAACUAUUUGCUUUUGUGACUAACUUUAUACAAGUUUUAAAAUCACAUAGACUAAAUCUUCUAUAACAGGAGUUAAUAAUGCCAUUUAUGCGAUCCAUUCCAAAUAUUUUCAUAAUUUUGUGAUUAAUUUCUUAAUAUAAAUAAAAAUCAUACACGCGUUUAAGAAAGUUAUAAAAUGUAAUAAGAAAUAGAGUAUAGUAUUGAGACACAAAAAUAAUUAGUUCCGAUCCUUUCUAUAGCUAUUUCUUUUUAUCCCCUUUGAACGAUGUUUUUUUUUUAUUUCUUGUUACUUCUGGGUGAAUCAUCGCGUUAUUUAUUCAUGGUUCAAUGAUGUAUGUAAUAUUUAAAAUGUUAGGACCAAAAAUAGAUUUCCACAUUUCAUAUUUAUUGUAUAAAGAGUUGCAGAUGUUUCAAUUAUAAUGAAGUUAAAUAUUGGUAAAAUAAAUUGAAAAAAUAAUUGA